CCCAUAUGUUGGACGCUAUAUUCCCUCACACGUUACAGCAGCGCUGCAUGGACUCCGUCCUUUCCUCCUACUUUCUUUUUUUUCUGGCUUUACCGAUAUUUGUUGGAUUUUUCUGCAAAGAGUGAACAGAAAAAGCCGGGCAGCUAUUUCUUUUUCUUUUUUUGUACCAUAAUGGGAAGCGAGGGAAAACCCUCCAAGCAGUACGGCUCUUUGGAGGAGACGUCGGUGGACGCAGCGAUGGAGAAAUCAACAGAGGACGUCAUUUCGAUGGCUGACUCCACAAUAACGAUGGAGGACAUCGAAGGAGAGCUGGGCAAAAUUGAGCGCAUUAGAGACAUCCUGGUACGGAGGGAAUCGGAGCUGAGAUACAUGAUGGAUGACAUCCAGCUCUGCAAAGAAAUCACACGACUGAAGACAGAGCUGCAGGAACUUGUCUCUAUUUCAGACAACGGCAAGUCCAAGGAGGACAGGGAGAGGGAGGAGGACCUGCUGCAGCAGAUCAACAAGCUGGUGGAGACCAGAGACUUCCUUGUGGACGACGUGGAGUUCGAGAGGCUGAGGGAACAAGAGGAAGACAGAGAAAUGGCCACAUUCUUACAGUCCAAAUUUCCCAAGACGUUGGCUGCAAAAGGUGCUUUGCACGAUCACACGAUGGUGUCCGGAGCCCAGCAGAAGGCCGCGCCCUUUUUCACAAAAACUGGACUUACACUACUGAAGGACUGCUGCGGCCUCACCUGCUCCAUCAUGUGACACCACCUGGAGGAGAACAGUGUGCACAUGUGAGCUUCCCAGUGCUGUCAUGUGUGUAUUGUAUGACCUGCAGUCACCCUAAUGUGCAUACAACAAUAUUAUUCUUAUUAUACCGGGUUUUUUAAAAACAUACAAUGUGAUUUUCUGGAUUUAUUUUAGAUUCUGUCACUCAGAGUUGAGAGUACCAAUGAUAAAAAGUAGACUCCCACGUGCUUUGAAAGUGGGAAAACCAGCAAAACCAGCAGUGUAUCAAAUACUUCCCACUGUAUAUUAUGUGAUGUGGAACAAUGGAAAACUGCAUGUUUGUACUGCAGAAGAGAAGCUUCCUGGCUCUUAGGUAUUGUGAUGCUUCAUGUCCAAAUAAGGUAAUUAGAUAAUAUUAUGGCUAUUUAUAUUGUGAUGUAUUCAAUGCUGUAAGAGUAAAAGUCACUGGGAACAAAUUACACUGUGUUGCUUU